AUGGCGAGCCAAGGAAGUGGAAAUCUCUUUCGCCGCACAUCCAAGGCCGUCUCGAGCUCCAGUUCCGCGAAGGCCACCCCCAAUGCUGUUCCACGGACGUAUUUCAUCAAGACCUUCAAGUUUGGUAGCGACGUACCCGAUCCUGAGAAAAAGGGCUUCACGGGCUAUUAUCUGAAGAACUUCAGGUACGGAAAUGCGACCCAAAGCGGCGGCGACCGGAUCGGACCUAGGCGUACCGUUUUCACUUCGCCGGCUGCCUCAAAGAGCUCUGUCCUCGAUCUUGUCAGGAACUCGCCACUGGGGAGGAUCUCGGAGGACCUGGGAGAGGACAAUGCUGUCGUGAUAUUAGCAAGUCCUAGACAUGCUUCAUGGCUCACUGAUCCCGACUUCAUGGCCUCCCUGGUGUCUUCGCUGCUGGCUCAUAGGAACCGGGACCAUGAGAUGAGCCGAUUCCACGUGCUGGCUGCUGUGGUGGACGGUCUCUGCCCAAGAUCCUCACCCUUGUACCAUGAGAUGCAGGAGGGCCUGUCGAUACAAUUUGGUAGCUUAGACACCCUCUUGCCUGGUCUGUGGAACGACACAACAGACGCGACGCAGCAUGUGCAGGGAAGUGCUGAGCCCUCCUACCUAUCUGUGUCUGUUGAGGGCAAAGGGCUCCCCGCCACCAGGAUAUCGAUCUCACUCCCAUUGGCCAACACAUUGUUUCACAACGGGCGACGGACUACUCUUUUGGUAUCCGAAUGGAAGACUGAAGGCCGGGGAGACUCGUCUUCUGCUGCCUCAGUCCAGCUGUUGAGGAUGGCAGAGAAGCGCUCUCAGACGAUCGACCUUCCCGGAGCGCGUCUUCACAAAAUCCUGAGCGGUGGCGGUGCAUGGGGUGCCAAAGCAAAGCUAUUGUCACUGGACCCGCAGACGAGCUAUGGUCAGGAAUCUGAGGAGGACGAGCUGUUGAGGUUUCAGAGGUCGUUUUACGGCAGUGAAGAGGGCGGCGACGCCAUAGCGAAGCCUGGGGAUUUUGUGCAGUUCUUUGUGUGCAGUGAUAUGAGACCGAUCCAUACACUGGGCGAGUCUGAAGGGCAUACGAGGACACCGGCCGCUUACCCCCCAGUGAUCUUUGGCGUUGGUGAUCUCAGUCAAACGGGCGCAACCUCGCGCAAGGAUUCCGCGCCGGCCGAAAGACAGCUGGCUUGGCUAGCCCCCGGUCAUUUCGGAGGCUUCAGUGCAGAGGGUCUAUACGUCGACUCGCCGACCAACAGCAUGAAGACAAAGCUUGAUGCUCCCGGGACGAGCGUAAGCCUACCACAAGUUAGCGAACCUCGAGCUGCAGCCCGACUCAACUCGGCUUAA